GCCGCAGAACGGCCGGGUGCAGGCGCACGAGCGUCCGGAGCCGCCCUUCGGGCAGAGCCUAACCCUGACCUGACCCUGACGGCAGCGGGGCCUCGCCGCCUCCUUCAAGAGAGCCGGUCGCUUCCUUCCUGAGCAGCAGGGUGGCCUUUCGGCGAAGAGGAACCCUCCCUGGCUUAGCGUGUCUCGUGAGCAGGGUCCCUCCCGGUCUGUCCAACAGAAAGCUGCUGGAAAGGGAUGCGGGACCCUGGCCUGCGUUCAGAGGGCUCACAGAGAUCAUUGUCUCGGUGACAAAACAGAUCAGUUAGACCGGAAGGGGCCAGAUCAGAUGUCAGCGUGCAGCUGCUGAGCUGUUUCGCAGGGGCUGCAAUACUGGCUGGCACGGAAGGUGGGGGGGAGAGAGCUGCCGGGCCCUUGGCAGCCCUAAGUUGGCUCCUUGCUCAAGGUCUGUGGUUUCCUGCGCCAGAGCCAGACUGUUCCCUGGUUCCCAGGCCGGUGUGCGCUCUUCCCUCUGUUUACCCACUUGGUUGCUGCCCCUUUUACUUGGUUAGCCGUCCAGACCGGCUCUCGGCCGAUCGGUGGCAUUACUCUGGCCCUUGGCUGUCCAACCCGGGGACAAAGCCGUGCCCGCAGUCCUGGGUUUCCCACUGGCAGAAAAUGACCAAAGUUUGAACCCUGGAACCUGUAAGGAAAUGGAGCCUCUCAGCAGGGUCUCUUUCAGUUGACCAGGACUUGAACAUCAUAUCCUUUGUUGCAGAUCCUUCUAGGAAGCUGUGCCUCCUAGCAGGUACAGCUAAAAAAUCGCCAAAUGAAGGUGAAUUCUGUAAGGCCAAACCCAUGUCUGCUUCCUGUUCAGGGGAAACACGCAGACUUGGCAAAGCAGCUGGUCUCGAACUAUGUGGUGUACGGCAGUCUGGAGAAUGUGCAGAAGCUGACAAGUGGGCAGCUGGAGGUGCCACAUUUUGAUGGUAAAGGCGAGGUGGAGAAGUACUUCCGGGCCAUUGGCGUGCCUGUGACCAGCCUGAGGCUCUCUUCUUACUUUGAAAACUUCCUCACUAUCUUCCGACCUCGGAAAGCCCCAGGUGGAGAAGACCACAAACUGGCUAUUCCCAUGGGAGAGGUGCCCUUGGAUGGCACGGCAGUGGCUGACCUUGGGCUGGUGUUUGUUCAACUGACAGAGCCAGAAAAAUUCACUGGGAAGGAGAUUGGCUUGAGCACCUGCAAACUCACUGUAGUGGAAUAUACAGUUCUGAUAGCAAGGUGCACCAGGAAGGCUGUGAGAGAUGCCCAGAUGUCACCUGAAUCAUACGAGAAACUGGACUUCCCUGGUAGCCAAGAGCUAGCUCACAUGUUCCAUUUCUACCACACGGGCCCAGCUCGAGAUACUGCCUUAAUUGACCUCAACCCAAUGGCCCAGACAUUUGAAGAGUGGAUGGCAGAUCAUAAAGCAGCUUUUAAGGACCUGUAACAGAAGGAGGGUACGGCCCACUCAUGACAUCUGCACUCUCUUGAAUAAACAGAAUUGCUCUGA